GAGGAAAGGGAAGGGUGAAUAAUAAGUGAAACUAAAAGAGAGAGUUUAACAUGAGUUUUGUUUUGGUGAUUGAAUGAAUUAUAGAUGAGUUGGUAUAGUACCAUUAUGUAUGAGUAGCAUCCAGCUUACACAUACAAGUACACUACAAUACAAUACAAUACAAGAACAGCAGUGAUGAAACAAAAUUACACAGAAACUUUAAUCCUCUAACCAAACACCACUGCCACCUCUCAUAAUGAUUUCCUCUUCCCUAUACACCUUUCUCUUUACCCUGACCUAAUUGUACUUCAAACUUUUCCAUUUUGGCAUGGAACUUGCAAUAUUGAAUGCCAAUAAAUAACUUUAUUAAAAAAGAAUAAUCAACAACACUAGAAGAGUCUGGAUCCUCCAAGCAACAACCACCACCACCAUCACCAACACCCUCAUCAGAACGAUGUCGUAUUAUUAAACCAAAAACAUGUAGUAAAUUUAACUGAAGGAAACGUUCUUCCGUUAACACAAACCAAAAAACGGUGUCGUUCUAGUUCUAGUGGUUUGGAUUAUGGAGGAGCAAUGAACGGUGGAGAAAUAGUGGAAGUUGACGGAGGUCACAUUAUAAGGUCAAGAGGUCGAAAAGAUCGUCAUAGUAAAGUUUGCACGGCGAAAGGGCCGAGAGACAGACGCGUUCGUCUCUCGGCCCAUACCGCUAUUGAAUUUUACGAUGUUCAAGAUCGACUGGGCUUUGAUAGGCCCAGUAAAGCACUUGAUUGGCUCAUUAAUAAAGCUAAGCCUGCCAUCGAUCAACUUGCUCAUCUUCCUCCAUGGAAACCCACUCUUUUCAAACAGCAACAGCAAAAGCAACAAAACGACGACGUUUCAGAGGAACAGAGUCAAAACGAAAACGAGUUUCGUUUUGUUCAGAAUUUUAGCAAUAAUGGUAACAGCAACAGUUUCAUUCCGUUUCAAAAUGAAAUACCUGAAACGGCGUCGUUUAGGAAUGAUUUGAAGCUUUCGCUUCAACAGAAUCAGAAUCAACACGUGCAACAGCACGUGCUUUUCACCGGGAAUUUUGAUGGAAUGGUGACGUGGAAUUCCGGUGGUGGUGCUACUACUAUUGAUACUGGUAGUGGUGGCGGUGGUGGUGAUGGUUUUGUGUUUCAUGGUUCUUCGCCGUCGCCGGUUGUUUUUCCGGCGGUGAUGUAUGGUCAGAAUCAGUAUCUUUCACAGAGGGGACCCCUUCAGUCCAGUUACAAUCCUUCAGUUCGUGCUUGGUUAGAUGCGCCGGCGACAUUUGUUGCGGCUGAUUAUCGACUUCAAGCGGGUGGUUCGGGUGCCGGAUUUGCUUCUGGUGGCUUUUCUGGUUUUCGUGUGCCGGCACGAAUUGGAGGUGAUGAUGAGGAGAUGCAUGGCGGUUUAUCUGACAGGCUGUCGUCUGCGUCCUCAGAUUCUCGCCGUUGAAUUUGGUAGCCUGAAUUUCCUUGUCCUCAUAGCUCCUGCCUUAGAAACCCUAAUUUGGCAUGUGAAUUGUGAACUUGCUGUGUUUCUUGGUGGAUCAAGGUGGGGAGUUGAAUUUGGAUUUGGAAUAGUUCGGUUCGGUUCAAUGGUUUAUGCUUAGGAAAUGAAGAAAAUUUGGAGUUGAAUUUUCAGGUUUUCCAUUCCUCAAGUUUGUUAUGUUAAUUUUCAUGUUAGUGUACUAUGUUUGAUGUAUGUUUGGUUAUCUUUCUUGUAUUGAUAUGUUUGGUUAUCUUUGUUGUAUUACUAUGUUUGAUGUUGUUUAAACUUUGUUACAAUUUGUAGUGACUAUAUAUCUAUUGUGUAAUUUGUUAUUCAAGUUUUA